GUCACUCAGGAGCAAGCUCUGACCAGUCGGAGGGAGUGACACAUCCACAUUCAUUCCCUCCCUUCUCACCCAUCCUCACCUUACUCUCGAAUGCUCACAGGCAGUUAGGCAGAAGUACUCCCUGUGGUCCUGCCAGAGACAAGUCUGUUGAGUUUAAGAAAAAAAAAAAAACUGAGGCAAAGUAACAGCCUUAAAACUGUUGCCUUGAAGAAGCUGGGUGAAGAACUGUGAAAAGAUGAAUGGACCAGUGGAUGGCUUGUGUGACAAUUCUCUAAGUGCAGAAGGAGCCUUCAUGUUCACAUCUGAAUCUGUAGGAGAGGGACACCCAGACAAGAUUUGUGAUCAGAUCAGUGAUGCAGUGCUAGAUGCCCACCUCAAGCAGGACCCCAAUGCCAAGGUGGCCUGUGAGACAGUGUGUAAGACAGGCAUGGUGCUGCUAUGUGGGGAGAUCACCUCCAUGGCCACAGUGGACUACCAGCGAGUGGUGAGAGACACCAUCAAACACAUUGGCUACGAUGACUCUGCCAAGGGCUUUGACUUCAAGACCUGCAAUGUGCUGGUGGCUUUGGAGCAGCAGUCCCCAGAUAUUGCCCAGUGUGUUCAUCUAGAUAGAAACGAAGAGGAUGUUGGGGCCGGAGAUCAGGGUUUGAUGUUUGGCUAUGCCACUGAUGAGACAGAAGAGUGCAUGCCCCUCACCAUCAUCCUUGCUCACAAACUCAACUCCCGGAUGGCAGACCUGCGACGCUCUGGGGUGCUGCCCUGGCUGAGGCCCGACUCAAAGACUCAGGUGACAGUUCAGUACAUGCAGGACAAUGGUGCAGUCAUCCCCGUGCGCAUCCACACCAUUGUCAUCUCCGUACAGCACAACGAAGACAUAACACUGGAGGAUAUGCGCAAGGCCCUGAAGGAGAAAGUGAUCAGGGCUGUGGUGCCAGCCAAGUACCUGGAUGAAGACACCAUUUACCACCUUCAGCCCAGUGGGCGGUUUGUCAUUGGUGGUCCCCAGGGGGAUGCAGGUGUCACUGGCCGUAAGAUUAUCGUGGACACCUAUGGCGGCUGGGGGGCACAUGGUGGCGGGGCCUUCUCUGGGAAGGACUACACCAAGGUGGACCGCUCUGCAGCUUAUGCUGCCCGCUGGGUGGCCAAGUCUCUGGUGAAAGCAGGGCUCUGCCGGAGAGUGCUUGUGCAGGUUUCCUAUGCCAUUGGGGUGGCUACGCCACUGUCCAUUUCCAUCUUCACCUACGGAACCUCUCAGAAGACAGAGAAAGAGCUGCUAGAUGUGGUUAACAAGAAUUUUGACCUUCGACCUGGAGUCAUUGUCAGGGAUUUGGAUUUGAAGAAGCCCAUCUACCAGAAGACUGCAUGCUACGGCCAUUUUGGAAGAAGCGAAUUCCCAUGGGAGGUUCCCAAAAAGCUUGUAUUUUAGAGUGAGAAGUUGGACCUGUCCUUGCCCUGGGGGCAUCUGGGAGCCCCCAUUCCUCUGCUCCAGGUUUCCCGGCGCUCAGCUCUCCCAGACCAAAAGCUGCUGACUAUGGUCAAGAGAGAGUGCCCUAUCCCCUACCCCUGCCCCACUGAUCCCUCCUGGGCAAGGCCUAGACCCUCUGAUUUAGCCCUAUCCUGUCAUCAUCAUGAAUGGCAGGAAGCAGGCAGCUUCCUGGUGCUGAGGGUUCGAUCUCUUCGUGAGGACAGUCACGAUGUUCCCCUACCUCUUCCUGAGACAAGAUGAUGUUAAUUUAAUAGAAAAUUUACCAAGAAUAAAAUCCCCCUCCUCCCCCACAACCUGGACCCAGACCACACACCCCCACCCCCUGGCAUGUGCCAAGGUCAGUGCAUCUCCCAGAUCUCUGGCCAGAGCCUUGAGUCAGGGCCUUCACAAAGAGCCUCCCAGACCAGGCUUCUGGUCAGCAUAAGAACAGGGGCUGCCAUGGCCUAAGCACCCACAAUAAGCAAGGGUCUGAACUAAUCACUGAUGCCAUUUCUUCUUCAUUGCAACAUGAUAAGGUGUCACCUUUGUUAUCUCUGUUUAUAAAUGGGGAAAUGAAGCACAGAACGUGUAGGUAACUUUCACAAGGUCCCACAGCCACAUGUGUCAGGGCCUAGACAUGAAUCCAGGAGCUUUGACCCAGGAGUCUGGACCCCACUCGACCACCCAUCCUUGCUCCAGAAACAGGACUGAGCAAUGACAAAUCAGGUUGAAGUGAGGCUGUGGCCUCUGUCCUAAAGACCUGAGGUCGCUGGGAAUUAGGGGAUUGACUCACUGGCUAAUGGUGUGCCCUGAGCAAUGAUCUGAAAAUUGAGGACAGAAACAAAGGACUGUUUAUUUGCCUCAUUUAUAUCAGAAGACAGUUCAGAGUGAGCUGGCUGGGCUGGAGUUUGGAAUUAAGAAGCAACCACAUAACCCCAGCCACUGACCACUUAGGCACAUGAAGGGCAAGACCUCAUGAGAGGGCUGGGGUCUGUGAUUCAAGUCUAAUCCAGUCCCAUCGGCUUCCUGGAGUAGGAGAAGCCCUAGCACAGGCGGCUAGCCCCUGAAACAAGGCUCUGGAACCCUGAGUCCUUCAAGUCUUUCUCUCCCUCUGGCCCUUUCAUAGCCCUGCAAUCUCUGCUGUUAGAGUAAGUGGGUGAGCUCCUCAGAUCAUCCUGCCAGAGAAGCCAGCCCCAAGACCAAGAUAUCUAAGGUUCAGUGGUGACCUAGGGGGAAGGGCUUAAAUCCUAGUGGUGGACAAGUUGGCUGAGAUGUCAUGGGAGAUUCUGCCUUUGCCAGGUGGCUUCUGAGUCUACUUCUGAGGGACCCGAAGUAUCCUCAGUGCAAUAGGGUCUUAGAAGCUAUAUGUUCACCUGCUUUUCCAUCCAUUGCCAUGCACUUUACCUGUCCUCAGCCUAGGAAGCAUCUCUACCUUCUUUCCAGCUCCCCAGACCACAGGCUCAGGUAGGGGCUGCCAAGGGCCCCAGGAGAGCCCUGGGGACUGGGCUUCUUUCCGGGGCACAUGGUGCUGGUUCUGGCUGUGACAGGCAGCCCUAGAUGCCUCACCUGGGAGCAGACCACCUGUUUCUGGGCCCUAGGCCUGAAACACAAAGACCCUUGGGCAUCUCUUUCUAUCAGGAGAAAGGCUGCUCCAGAGAAGAAAAAGCCCAAAUUACCAUAAAAUUCUAGAGUUUGCAUAUGACACAGGAAGCUCUGGUCUUUCCAGUUACCCAGAAAGUCUCUGGUUCUUCUCAGGAGAGAGAGACUCAGCUUUGAAGGUGGCUGAGUCCUUCUACUCAGGUUAUAUUCAAAGAGAAAAUCCCCAACCCCCUAGAGAAAUAAGAUCUCUUUUUCUGUCAACAUUGUUUAUAUAGAGCCUAUAUAUAUAUUGGUUUUUCUAGGACAGUGAAUAAAGACCCACAGAGCAACUCUCUGAGCCUAGUUGAUUUUUGUCUACAAACCCUUCUCUUCAAGUGGCAUUACCUGGUCUUCCAUUCCUCAGGAUAGUGGGUGUCCUCCCCUUGGCAGUGCACCAAACAGGGGGGGUUGGUUCCUGGCCAUGUGGGGCUCACCCAGCAUGGAUUGAGUUUUCUUGUGCACCAGCUUCUAUGCUGCCACAGUCAUACUGUACCACACUGCCACUGAGAUAGUCCUAGAAACCCACUAACAUGUGGAGAACCUGAGGCCCAAAGAGGGUUUGGAAUGUGACCAAGGAAGUUUGGCUGUCAGGUGGCUCCUUAGUCUUCAGACUAUCCUCUCUGAUCACCAUUUGUUGCUGCUCUUAGUUCUUGUUUAUGGUUCAUUCUCCUGCCUCUUCCUGCAUGUUAUGCACAGUAAGGCUGACAAGAGGUGGGUGCUCAGGCAAUAUUUGUCAAAUGGUUGAAUAAGUGGAAUGGAUGAGGGGUUUGGUCUGCAGAGAGAUGAGCCAAGCCUAUAAAUGGGUGUUCAUUUCUUUUUCACAUGUUCUGUGAAGAGAAUUAAUAGAUGGUUAUUUUUGUUAAAAAUUGUCACUGCAGUAGCCUCUGGAGAUGUGGUCCUGAGGGCCUGGACAGAACAGGUAGGGAGGUGGGACCAGCACUGUUUCUUACAAGCACACGGUAGGGACAGGAGUCACCUCUGGAGAAUCGCCACGGUACAGAUGAGGGCAAGGCUAGGGGAGGAGAUCCUGAUAUGAAAGAGGUGGACCUAGGGUGCCAGGAAGGGCGGAUGUGCAGAAAGACCUCAAGGGUGGCAGAGAGGAGGAGAAAACCAAAGGCAGGAGGGCUCCUGAGUCUUGUCUGAGAUAGAAUCUGUGCCUUGAGAAGCCACUACAUGGUUUAUACAGUGAAAUCUUUUUCCUAGAAAAUAGUACAUAUUUUUCAAACACUCAUACAAACAAAAAACCUCACAUGAAACACACUGGAAUGCUUGCCGGUGGGGGAACAUGGUAAAUAAAUGGUCUCCAUAGGCAUAAAGGCCAAAUACUGAAAGCAAGUUUUGAGCCGUAAAGCCCCAAGUGUUAAGAUGCAGAGGGAGCAUCCAGGGGGGUGGGAGGAAAGCCAGGAGAGUGGGGGUGUCCUUGGAAGCCAGGAGAAGAUACCAUUUCUAGGAUGAAGGAGGGGUCACUGGUGUGAAAUGGUACUGAUGAGUUAGAUGCAUGAGGCCUCAGAAUGUGCACUGACUUUCAUCUCGUGGAGGUCAUUGGUGACCUGGGAAAGGGAAACCUGGUCAAGAAAAUGUUAAUAUGGCCAUAUUCCCCAUCCCAUUUGGAAUCCUUUAGUGUCUCUGAUACAUUCUGAAUAAAGGUCAAGAGACAUGACUAAGCUGUGACAACCCUGUGUUCUUGUCCAUUGACCAUCAGUUUACCCUCGUUCUGGGCUUCAUUCCCCACCCCCAUUCCAGAUUCCCUGCCUUCUUUGGCUUUCCCAAACAGGUCCAGCUAUUCCUACUUAGGCCUUUGCAUAUGCCAUUCACUCUGUGAUGCUCUUUUCUCUUUGAAUGGGUGCUCCCUCUUAUCCUAUAGACUUCAGGAAAACACUCCUACGUUUCUGAAAAACUCCUUCCUUGAUAACCUCCCUUUUCUAUUCCAUUCUAUUUUUAGUUUCUUGUUCAGUGUUUAACAAAAUGUAUAAAUAUGUGUUUCCCUUUUUAACCUCCUUGGUGGCCAUCCCUCUCAUGACUUCUUCCACACCUACCCAUCCUCCCUUCUCUUCACAGGUAUUCCUCUGAAUCCUUUCAGUCUCAGCUUGCAAGUCACUCUGCAGAAAGGCACUCUCAAACAUCCUCCAUAAACUAUGCCCAACACCAUCUUUAUCUGGUACUGGGCUAUUGAAGGCUGUAAUUCUUUUUUUAAUCUAAAUUUCAUGGUUAGAAGCUCUCCCUUGAAGAUUAGAAGUAAUAUAAAAAUCCCCCAUAUUGCUACAUCUCUUCAACUGUACUGGAAAUGCCAUUCAGUGCAAAAGGUCAGGAAAAAAAGAUACAUAAAUUGAAUAGGGAAAAACAAAAAAACAUUUAAAGAUGAGUUGAUUAGAUAUAGAAAAAAGCCAGAAGAAUCCGCUUGCCUCAUUAUAAUUAAUAAAUAACUUUAGCAAGCCUCUGGGAUGUAAGGUAAAUAUUGAAAAAUCAAUUGCAUGUUUAUAUAUCUGUAAUAAACAGCUAGAAAUGAA